UAAUUUGGUCUGUACUUCAGCAUACUCCUAACACCUAACUAUGUCUUUUGUAGACACCCUGCGCCAGUGGGAUGAGGCUGUCACUUGUGUUGACCGACAGGAUUUGUUGGAGGCACUCAGGAUCUUCCUGUCAAUCCAAGAGCCAAACUCCAAAAUUUAUUUUGACAUUGGCUGCCUUCACCUUCUUAACCAAGACCUGGAAGCUGCUGAAAAGGCAUUUGAUUGCAGCAUACGCAAGGAUGAACAUUUAGCCGUUGCCUUCUUUCAAAGAGGAAUUACUUUUUACAAAAAGAAAAGGUAUGAGGAGAGUUUAGGUGACUUCCAACAUGCCUUAAAGGCACUAAGAGGGAACCAGCUGAUAGAUUACAAGGCACUUGGUCUCAGAUACAAACUGUACGCAUGUGAGGUUCUCCACAAUAUGGCCCUGGCUGAGGCUCAGCUGGGCAAUUGGGAAAAGGCCCAGGAAAAUCUGGUGAAGGCUCUCAACUACAAGACAGAGGUCAAACUCAGUGUCAUCGACAGAGCUCUGCAAUCAACCCUGAAACAGAAACUUUUCAAACCCGUUGAGUUCCCAUCAAAAGUGCUGUUUAAACCAAAUAAACACUAUGUUGCUGAGCUGGAGAAGAAGGACUACCUGGGGAAAGCAAAGGUGGUUGCCUCUGUUGUUCCUCAGGAUGACUUCUCUGGAUUUGCUCCAUUACAGCCACAGGUUGAAGAUGGUCCAACUUGUCAAAAAGAACCCGAGGUUCUCAGGGCUUUGGAAGGAGAACCGCACACUGUCCUGUUUGAGUUUGUUCCCGAGACCAGUGAUGAGUUGGCAGUAGUGCCGGGCAAUGUUGUGUUUGUGCUCCAUAAGGGUGCUGACAACUGGGCGUCUGUGAUUUUCAAUGAAAGAAGGGGACUUGUUCCUUACAAUUACCUGGAACGUUUGGAGAUGUCCUUGGCUUCUAAACAGAAUGAGGGAAUACCCACCCUUCCCAGUCGGGUACCACCAACACGACCUGAAAGGAAACAAGGUCUUACUCCCAUUGACUGCAGCAAUGGAGAUACAUGUCAGGAUGCACAGCAUACUGACAACUCUUGUAUUGUCAAAGUCCGUUUCAAAUUCAAUUUUGCGGUCUCAGUUCCACCUGGGUCUCCCUAUGCAAUACUGCUUGAGAAGAUCAGUAAGAAACUAAACGUUUCUUCUAGGGCAAUCACCUUGAGUAUAACAUCUCAGGCCAACGGACAAAAUGUCAUCAGUGCCAACACAGAGAUGGAAAGUGUGUGGAGUCAUGCCCCCGACAGGCGCAUCACCUUGUGGUGCAACACCAAGGAGCAAACUAGUGGAAAGCCACAAAAUGAGAUUCACCUGAUGGCACUUCAUACCUACGAGUCACCCAAUCCUGAGGAUCUCAAUUUUCAUAAAGGAGAUACAAUCACACUGCUCUCCAGAGUUAACCAGGAUUGGCUGGAAGGGCAAUGUAAUGGGAAUACCGGUAUAUUCCCUGCAUCCUUUGUGCAAGAAAUUCCUGUGAAUGAGCAGUAAUUGUCCUUGUGAAGGACUGAAGA